UUGCUGCUGCUGUCCCCUCGUCCGGUCUGACUUGUGCGCAAUGCUGCAUCUGCCGGGACACUGGGCUGUGUGUGUGUGAGCUCCCGGAGGAUCAGAUCCCGCUGGCCCAGCAUCUAACAUGAGUAAAAGCCCGGAUGCUCGCCGACCUCUGUCCUUGAGUUUCACCAUAGACAGUAUCCUCAAGUUAAACUCCAGGAGAUCAGAGAGCAGCAAGCCUCCCAGAGCCUGCAUAGAGAGGUCCAUAGCGGAGAGGCGAGAGCUCCUCAGACACCGGGGGGAGGAUGAUGCACAGGAGACAGGGCUAGAGGACAAGAGGAAACCCCUAUUUCCAGCAGCAGGCAGUAGGAAUUGCUUUCUGACCUCCACCCCAAGCCUUAACUACUGCAUCGACCAGCCUGAGAAGCACAGACCCUUGCCAUGCAGGGCGGGCACUCCUGACAGCCUGGAGGAUGGGACCCCCCCAUCCCCUGAUCUGCUGGGCAAGAAGACCAAGUUAUUGGCCAAGAAGAAGACUCGCACAAUCUUCUCCAAGAGCCAGAUCUUCCAGCUGGAGAGCACCUUUGACAUGAAGAGGUAUCUCAGCAGCGCAGAGAGGGCCUGUCUGGCCAAUUCUUUGCAAUUGACUGAGACCCAGGUGAAAAUCUGGUUCCAGAAUAGAAGGAAUAAACUGAAGAGACAGAUGUCAGCAGAGCUGGAGGGGCCAGUACUAGGGGACCCUUCUGGGGACAUCCCAGUCGUCUACAAAGACACUUCUUUUCUAAAUAGAUGCGUCCUUCCAAUGUCCUUCCCCAUGGUCUAUCAUGGAAGCCCCAUCCCUUACCUGUGUUUCCCCAAUCCGGGCAAAUUUUACAGCCUUGCGGAUGGAGAUGUAUAAAAGUGACGCAACAUUGCACAAACUGACGCAUUGCGGGUGUAGCCCACUUGGAAAUAAGGAGAUAAGCAUUGCAUUUCUGGCCAUGGCAAUGGCAGGGAUUUUAUUUUAUACAGUAUCUUACUACUAUCUGCAUACAGCAUGUACACCUAUUUUUGUAUAUUUUUUUACAAUCUACCUAAUAAUUUAAAUACGUCCUAUGCAAACAACAGACUAUGAAAGGGAUUUUAGUCCCGUGUUUGUGCACUUUCAUAUCAAUUAUUGUGCUUCUUCCAUUUCUCAGUGA